GCAGUCUGAGCCCACGUUUCUCUCCCUUCGAUGCGAUCUCCGAAGCGAGUGGGCAAUUCGAGCGAAAGGGGGCCAAAAUAGGAGCAGAUCCGUUGAAUCCUUUCGAAUUUCUUGCCCUUUUCGAGCAUAAUCCCAUCCAAAGAUUCGUCGGAAAGCGUUGCCGAUCGCAUUUUUUUGGCUGUCUCAGUCGCUGAAUCCGCUAUCGGAGGUGAAAAUGAUGUUUUUUAUCGCCUUUUGCACCGAUUUUUGGUUUGGAUUCCUCGAAUUUGGUCAAGAAUUUCAAAAAAGGGCGAAUUGAGGCCUAUCAGGAGCCGAUCUGUGGGUUAUCGUAAGGGGAAACCCUAAAGACAGGUUCUUGUUGCUUCCUCUGAAGCUUGUGUUUGUGCAUUCUUUAGGUUAGGGUUAGGGUUAGGGUCUUGAGGCUCCAGCGCCGGGUCUGCGAUGGCGGACGAGCGCUUGAAGGCUGUUUUGGAUGAUGGAGGUUCUGAGGAGGAGGUGGAGGAAGAGGAGGAAAACGUUAGGCUUGACCUAGGGCUUUCAUUGGGAAGCUUGGUUCCAGUGGAGGGGUCGUCAAGCAGAGCAACGAGGGAAUCUAAACCCAUGAAGGAUGGGGGGAGGAGUGAGUGGAGCAGUAAUUGGGACCUGUCCAUUGGCAGCUCGAGGUUAGGGGAAAAGUAUGGACUUUGGAGCGGAUGGCAGGGGGAAAUUGAGGAGGCUUUCGAUGUUGAAGCGGAGGACAACGAUCUUGAAGACGGAAAUGCUUUUAUAUUGGAGGGUGCUGAAUUCGGAAGGGAUUUCCAUCACAAGCGGCCCAAAGUUCUUGAUUAUUGCUUUGGGGGCAGGUAUCAUGCAACAUCUUCUAUGGGUAUUGAAUCAUCUGCUCUUCCCCCCAUUGCUGAUCAGAUUGGUUUGCAAAGUUCAACAAUUCCAUUUGAAAAUAAGGCUGUUCUUGAUUUGAGCCCUAUGCAAAGUGAUGUUGGGAUUUUAAAACUCAGUGAGUCUGGUGAUGGAGGCGAGGAUGGAGGCAGCUCUGGUGUCAGGAAUGGUGAAGAUGUUGAUGUUCGGAUGGAUCUCUCUGAUGAUUUACUGCAUCUGGUUUUUUCCUUCUUGGGCCUAAAAGAUUUAUGCAAAGCCAGUGCAACCUGCAAGCAGUGGCAAGCAGCUGCUAUGCAUGAGGAUUUCUGGAAGUGUUUAAAUUUUGAUAAGACACAAAUCUCCCAGCAGAAUUUUGAGGCCAUUUGCCUCCAUUACCCAAAGGCAACUUUAGUUAAUUUAGUUGACGUUCAUGAUGCUGAUGUACUUGUGAUGGACGCCAUGACCAAUCUCAGGCGUCUAGAGACUUUGGUCUUGGGUGGAGGGCAGCUGGGAGAUAGUUUUUUCUAUGCUCUAACAGAUUGCUCGACAUUGAAUUGUUUGCGCAUUUCUGAUGCAUCUCUUGGAAAUGGCAUGCAGGAGAUAACUGUGAAUCAUGAGCGUCUGCGUGAUCUUCGUAUUUUGAAGUGUCGUACGCUUCGCAUUUCUAUCAAAUGCCCUCAACUGCAGACCUUGUCCUUAAGGCGCACCGGCAUGGCUCAUGCUUUUCUUACCUGCCCCAUGUUACGUGAACUUGAUAUAUCAUCCUGUCAUAAGCUAUCCGAUGCUGGAAUUCGUUCUGCGGCUACUGCUUGUCAUUCACUAGAACAACUAGAUAUGUCAUUCUGUUCAUGUGUCAGUGAUGAAACUCUGCGUGAGAUAGCUUUUGCUUGCCCUAAUCUCAGUGUCCUUGAUGCUUCAUAUUGUCCAAACAUCUCACUUGAGUCGGUACGGCUGCCCAUGUUGACUGAUCUAAAACUUCACAAUUGUGAAGGCAUAACUUCUUCUUCGAUGUCUUCAGUUGCGUAUAGUCAUAUGCUGAAGGCAUUACAACUUGAUAAUUGUGGUCUAUUAACAUCUGUUUCGUUGGAUCUCCCAUACCUACAGAAUAUUAGUCUUGUACAUUGUCGAAAGUUUGUUGAUUUGAAUCUACGGAGCCCUGUCCUUUCAUAUAUAAAGGUUUCUAAUUGUUCUGCUCUACAUUGUAUCAACAUCAUCUCCAAUGCGCUUCAGAAAUUGGUGUUGCCCAAGCAGGAGAGCUUGGCGACUUUGUCCUUGCAAUGCUACCAGUUGCUUGAAGUGGACCUCAGUGAUUGUGAAUCUUUAACAAAUUCGAUAUGUGAUGUUUUUAGUGAUGGUGGUGGUUGUCCAAUGCUGAAAUCAUUGGUUCUUGAUAAUUGUGAGAGCCUUACCAUGGUAGGUCUCAGGAGUAGUUCACUGGUCAGUCUCUCUCUUGUUGGUUGUCGUGCUAUGACUGUUCUUGAGCUUUCGUGCCCAAAUCUUAAGAAUGUAAAUUUAGACGGUUGUGAUCAUCUUGAAAGAGCAUCAUUCUGCCCCGUUGGGCUUGGCUCUCUUAACUUGGGAAUAUGCCCAAAAUUAGCUAUUCUUCAAAUUGAAGCCCCGAAGAUGUCAGUUUUGGAGCUGAAAGGGUGUGGUGUGCUUUCUCAUGCUUCCAUCAAUUGCCCUUGUUUGACAUCGUUGGAUGCUUCCUUUUGCAGGAGAUUCAGGGAUGAUUCGUUGUCAGCAACUGCUGCUUCAUGCCCUCACAUUGAAUCUCUUAUCUUGUCUUCAUGUGUAGCUGUAGGAUCAGAUGGGCUUUCUUCCUUGCACUGGCUUCAAUAUCUAACCCAGCUUGAUUUGUCAUACACAUUUCUAAUGAACUUGCAGCCUGUUUUUGAAACUUGCUCACAGUUAGAGAUUUUAAAACUAUCCGCCUGCAAAUACUUGACAGAUACUUCUUUGGAUGCUCUAUAUAAAGGAGGGGCUCUCCCAGCUCUUCGCGAGUUGGACUUGUCAUACUCAUCAAUUGGGCAGUUGGCCAUAUCGGAGCUUCUUGCUGCUUGUACGAAUUUGGUCAAUCUGAAUUUGAAUGGUUGUGCAAAUAUGGUCGAACUUCUUUGGGGAACUAGCAGUAGUCAUUCAUCAGACAUGCUGGUUAGUGAUUGCCCAGCUAAUUUGGAAGUCAUGGAGAGUGAUGGCGAAUCAUUCAGAAAACCUGAGCGUCUGCUUGAGAUCCUCAACUGUACCGGGUGUCCGAACAUAAAGAAAGUCUUAAUACCUCCAGCGGCCUGGUGUUUUCAUCUGUCCAAACUAAACCUUAACUUGUCUACAAAUCUGAAGGAAGUUGAUUUAGCUUGUUCCAAUCUUAGCAGUCUGAAUUUGAGCAAUUGUAGCUCAUUGGAGAUUUUAAGGCUAGAUUGCCCAAGGCUAGCAAACCUCCAACUUCUGGCAUGCGGCAUGCUCUCAGAAGAGGCCUUAGAAGCCGCUGUAUCUCGAUGUAACAUUCUGGAAACUCUGAAUGUGCAUUCCUGCCUGAAGAUAAACGCUGUGUAUUUGGUGAAACUAAAAGUGACAUGCCCCAGCCUUAAGCGCAUCCAGAGCAGCACAUGAUUGCAGAGAGUGAGACUUGUUGUGCAGUAGAAACCAUGCUCCGUUCUUUCGACAUGGGAAGUUGGCAUUUUGUAGUAGAAUCACCGGACUUAGGUAUAACUUGUUGGUAACCAUGAUCAUGUUUGUAAAUAUAUCUAUACACAUAUAUGUAGUCUCUAUGAACGAAAUAGUGGCGGAUCUAAAACUGUUGCCCGAAAGCAAACAUUCUGUAGUGUGAUGAUGAUGUAGAUGAGUUCAGACGAGUUGUUUUGAUACCUAAAAAGGUCUUGAUCCUCAUCUUCAUAGUGAAGUGCCUGCUUUUGUUGUUUUUA